AUGUCGGCUCACACCGUCAGACCGACGUCGUACCUCGCGCCGCAGUACAUAAAUGGCGUAUACAUACCUUCCGCGCUCCUGAUCGUCGGCUGCGCGAUCGUCAAGAAAGAAUGGCUGCCCUUCGCCGUGCUGCUGGCAGCCAUAUUAGGCGGGUGGAAGGUGUACAACAACCAAGCAAGAAAAGUGCUCAAGCCAAACGAGUUCCAGGAGUUCGAGCUCAAGGAGAAGACGAUAAUAUCCCACAACGUCGCCAUCUACCGCUUCGGUCUCCCCCGCCCAAUCGACAUCCUCGGCCUCCCAAUCGGCCAGCACAUCUCCGUCGCAGCCACCAUAGCCGGCCAGCCCAAAGAAGUCGUGCGCAGCUACACGCCCAUCUCCUCGGACGAGAACUCCGGCUACUUCGACCUGCUCAUCAAAUCCUACCCGACCGGCAACAUCAGCAAGCACAUGGCCUCCUUGAUGGUCGGCCAGGCCAUGAAAGUCAAAGGCCCGAAAGGCGCAAUGGUAUACACGCCCAACAUGGUCAGGCAUCUCGGCAUGAUCGCCGGCGGGACGGGCAUCACGCCGAUGCUGCAGGUUGUCAAGGCGAUUAUUAGGGGGAGACCCCGGAACGGCGGCACGGAUCGCACAGAGGUGGAUCUGAUCUUCGCGAACGUGAAUCCGGAGGACAUCCUGCUGAAGGAGGAUCUAGACGCGCUGGCGAAGGAGGAUGAGGGCUUCAGGGUGCAUUAUGUGCUCAACAACCCGCCGGAGAAGUGGGAUGGUGGCGUGGGGUUCGUCACGCCGGAUAUCAUCAAGGCUAAGCUACCGGCCCCGGCAAAGGACAUCAAGAUCCUGAUUUGCGGUCCCCCGCCUAUGGUCAGCGCCAUGAAGAAGGCUACGGAGUCGCUGGGUUAUGACAAGCCGAGGCCCGUCAGCAAGCUUGAGGAUCAGGUGUUCUGCUUCUAA